AUGUCGGACACGGCCUUGGGCGCGGGGCCCGAUGCCCUCGACGAGACGCUGGGCCGUCUGUCCAAAAAGCCAGGCGUGAGAGCGACCAUUGCUCUCGACCGGGCCUCGGGCGCGAUUUUGAAGACAACCGGUCAAGUUGGCUCAAUCCGGGCCACGCCAGUGCCUGUGUCGCCAGCACCGGGUGCUGGUUCCUUUUCCGACGAAGCAAAUGGGGAGGAUCUCAACCGCGACCAAGGCGCAGAGCAGCUGGCUGCCAUGAUAUGGAAUUUUGUCAGCAACGCCGGGAGCUUUGUCCAGGAACUUGACACGGAGGAUGAGGUAAAAUUGCUGCGGUUGCGGACGAAGAAGCAGGAAUUUGUCAUCGUGCCCGACACAAAAUAUCUACUAGUCGUCGUGCAUGAUACCUCCGCGUGA